AUGCAUGAAGCCGACCGCAAAAGUUUUCAUGCGUAUGUCACCCCUGAGCAUCUUAAGCUCACUCACACGUUCUACCAAUCAUGCUACAGGCAUGACAAAAAGUUGAGAAGUCUAUCUAAACGCACCAUCAAGAGCACGUGUAAAACUAGAGAAGGUGAUUGGUAUACAGUCAAAGAAAUCAGAAUGUAUGAGAAUGUUGAUACCAGCUUCGGGAAUAGCAUCAUCAAUUAUGCGGUCAUCAUUGAAAUCAUACAUCGGCAGGGCCGGAAGGGGGAUGCCAUCGUCAAUGGUGACGACUCGAUCAUUUUCACCGACAAAUCACUUGAUGUCGAGCAGGCCAUCAGAUUUCGCCACGUUGAACUUGAUCACCGAUAUGAAGCAGCGGAUGUCCAAGAUGUCGAGUUUUGCAGGACCAAAUGUGUCAUAAACAAUAAUGGAAAACCCACGAUGAUGAUGAACCCCUCACGAAUAUCACAGAUAUUUGGGAUGACCUAUAAUAGAUACGUCUCCAAUUACCAACAGUAUCUUGUCAAAGUGUUGGCAGCCAACGCCCUCAUCAACAAGAACACUCCCUGCAAUAAUGACUGGAGGGAUUUGCACAAGUCGAUUACAUUUGGAAAAUAUUUCAAUCCCAACACACAGUUCAGGCAUCUCAACCGUGCCUUGACCAGAGUUGUAUUUACCAUCUUGUUUACUACCAUGUCAAAAUGA